AUGUCCUCCGCAUCCGUCGCAUCCACCGCGCGUCACACCAGCGGCGUGACGAUUAAGCGGAAGGUGGACGACCGCAUUCGCCACCUCAUCGACAACGCCGUGCACAAGAGGCACCGCGCAUUAAUCCUCCUCGUCGGCGACCGUGGGAAGGACCAAAUCGUCAACCUGCACCAAAUGGUCUCGCACGCUAACCACAACGCCAAGGUCAACAUGCUGUGGUGCAUGAAGAAGGAGCCGGACUUCGGUUCCACCGGCAAGAAGCAGCAGGAGAAACGUGCGCGCCUCGAGGUGAAGGGCGGUAUGUCGACGGAGGUGACAAAGGAGGCAUUCCAGACCUUUCUCGCACAGACGCCGAUCCGCUUCUGUCAGUACAAGGAGACACACAAGAUCCUCGGCCAGACCUUUGGAAUGGCGGUUCUGCAGGACUUCGAGGCCAUCACGCCUAACACACUCGCGCGAACAAUCGAGACGGUGAAGGGCGGCGGCGUUGUGGUCAUCAUGUUCCGCGCCAUGCGGUCACUAAGGCAGCUGUACACUAUCGCCAUGGACGUGCACGCACGCUACCGCACAGAGGCGCUGCGAGACGUGGUACCACGCUUUAACGAGCGCUUUCUGCUUUCCCUGGUGGACUGCGAUACCGCACUUUGUGUUGACGACGACCUCAACGUGUUGCCGAUCACCGCAAAGAUGCAGACGGUGGAGAGUGCGCGUGCUGCAAGUUACGACGCCGAACUUAUGCUGCAAGGUCGGCAGAAGCACGAGGCGGAUUUAGCCACACUAAAGGAGCGUCUGCGUGCGAGCACUGAGGUGGGCCCACUUGUGGCACUCUGCCAAACCCUUGACCAGGGCAAGACGGUACUCUCGCUUAUGCAGACGGUUAUGGAGAAAUCACUGAACACAACCUGUGUCGUGACGGCAGGCCGUGGUCGCGGCAAGUCAGCAGCACUUGGCCUUGCCGCAGCAGGAGCGUUGGCGCAAGGUUACAGCAACAUUUUCUGCACAGCGCCAUCCCCUGAGAACUUGCAGACAUUCUUUGAGUUUGUUGUGCGGGGGCUCCAGGAUAUGGGGUACAAGGAGCGUAGCGAUUUUGAGGCGAUGCAGAGCACCAAUGUGGAGUUUAGCAAGUGCAUCAUUCGCGUCAACGUCUUCCGCGAGCACCGCCAGACUGUGCAGUACAUUUCACCCCAUGACACCGCAAAGUUUGCGCAGGCGGAGUUGGCCAUCAUCGAUGAGGCUGCGGCGCUGCCACUGCCGAUUGUAAAGCAGAUGCUCGGCCCGUACCUUGUCUUUCUGUCGUCGACCGUCUCCGGCUAUGAGGGGACAGGCCGCAGCCUCUCCAUGAAGCUCAUCGCAGACAUGCGCAAGCGGUGCGUCGGUGAAGCCGCUGCUUCCACGUCGGUUGCUGCUGCUGCUGCUGCUGGUUCUGCAAGCAGCGGUGAAGACCGUCGGUUCCUCCGCGAAAUCGCGAUGGCAGACCCCAUCCGUUACGGCCCUAACGACCCGGUGGAAUCGUGGCUACAUAAACUGCUCUGCCUCGACGCCACAGUGCGGCCGGUGGCGGUGAAGUCAUGUCCGCACCCCAGUAAAUGCGAGCUCUACUAUGUCAACCGCGACGCGCUUUUCUCAUACCACCCGCUGGCAGAGCAACUGCUACAGACGAUUGUGGCAAUGCUGGUUGCUGCACACUACAAGAAUCAACCCAAUGAUUUACAGCUUAUGUCAGACGCACCAGGACAUCACCUAUUCCUCCUGUGCUCCACGACAGUGGAGGCGAAGGACAAUCUCCCUGACGUCUUCUGCGUCAUUCACGCCUGUGAAGAGGGUCAAGUAACGUCGGAAGCCAUCAAGAGUAAUCUUAACCGUGGCGUGCGUCCCUCAGGCGACCUCAUCCCGUACACGCUGUCACAAUGCUACCUUGAGGAGGGCUUCGCGAAGCUUGCAGGUCUCCGUAUCGUACGCAUUGCCACCAACCCGGAGCUACAACGUGCUGGAUACGGCUCCCGUGCGCUCGCCUUGCUGCAAGAGUACUACAGCGGAUCUAUUUCCCUCCGAGCUGCAACCUCGUCGCCCGCGGAGGACAGUGGUGCAGCGGAGGUGCCGGAGGAUGAGGCCGGAAACACCGUUAUCGCCCCACGCAAGCGCAUUCCAAGCCUUCUAACUCCACUGGUUGAGCGUCCCUACGAGGUUGUUGACUACCUCGGCGUGAGCUUUGGUGUGACGACGCCACUCUUUAACUUCUGGAAGCGCGCCGGGUACGAGUCGCUGUAUCUGCGCCAUGCAGCGAAUGAGCUCACAGGGGAGCACAGCUGUGUGAUGGUGCGUCCAAUUGGCUUUGACCUCGCGCUUCUGCGGGCUGAGUUCCGCCGCCGCUUCAUCCCACUGCUCGCAAUGCCGUUCCGUGACCUCCCGACGGAGCUGGCGCUGAGUAUAUUGAAUGAGCUCGACGUCAACGAUCCACAGAAGUUGGCAGCGGCUACUGACCUCUCCCAGGCCACGGAACAUAUUGUGCGUGUGGGUGGACAGACACAGUGCAAAUGGCAAGAUCUACAGGCAAUCUUUAGCAACAACGACAUGAAGCGGCUAAAGCUCAACGCCACCACCUUCGUGGAGGGUGGCCAGGUGCUUGACCUCCUCCCCGCAUUGGCUAAGAUUUACUUUGAGGGCAAGUUGCAUCGCCUGCCGGAUGGUGCGGAGGGUGUUGUGCUCUCACACGCUCAGGCGGCGGUGCUGCUCGCGGUGGGCUUGCAGUGCCAGACGGUGGAACAGGUGUCGCAGCAGAUGGCCUUUGCAGGUGUGCCUGUGCAGCAGCUACGCGCCUUUUUACAGAAGGGCGUUUCUCGUAUUGUUGAGCACUUCACUCGCCUACAGAGACUGAAGGCACCAGACAGCAACAGUCACGAGGGGAGGGAAGAGGAGGGGGCAGAGGACGAAGAAGGUGAGGAGGAUGCCCGCGAGAUUUACGACAAUGAAGGGCGUGUGGUUGGAUUAUCGGUGGAGAAAAAGGUCCGGCGCACAGUCAACGUGGACACCACGCUGCUACGUGAUGCCAAGAAGGCAUCAGUGGGAGCAAGGAAUGGUUCAGAAAGCACAACAGGUCUGCAACGUGCUUUCAAGCGGUCCAAGAAGACGCGGCGCAGCUGA